CUAAGAGGUACGGUAGAAGUACCCUACGCGUUCUAUCCGACGACUAAGAAUAGGUCAAACCAGCCACUACUCUUUGACCGCCGUCUCCCUGCAAAGAAAGAACCGAUCAAAAUCUCUCACUAUAUCUUCUCCUAUGUACCCAAAGGAAAAAAUCACUCAACAUAUUCUACGCCCAGAACACAGCCAACCAUCUCCCGGAAAUGUCGCCGCAAAAGCUCUUCUUUUCCGCCGCCGCAGCUCUACUUCUGCUGGAACUCUUUCUUCCUAAAACAGCCUCCAGAACCUUACCCAACCCCCCUUGCCCUCCAUCUUCUUGCGGAAACCUUCAAAACAUCACCUUCCCAUUUCGUCUCAAAAGUUCUCCACAGAACUGUGGCUAUCCAAAAUAUGUGCUGGAAUGUUUGAACAACCAACCAAGCAUCAUGUUCGAAACGGAAAGGUACAACGUUCAGGCAAUCAAUUAUUCCGAUUACUCGAUCAGGGUUGUCGACCCCGGAUUGCAAGAUCAAGCUAAUCGAAAUUGCACUAAUUUCCCCAAGAUUGUUCUAAACAGUGAUUUCUUUGACACCGGUUUUAAGUUCAGAUCCACCGGAGCUAACGUUCCUAUAGUGUACACCACCUGUUCGACGAAUUUAUCGAAAGAGUACGUCCACACGGAAUUCUGUAGGAAGUCGAGAAGCAACGGCAGCAGCUACGUGACAAUUGGAGACAGGUUGUCCAUACGAGACGUGCCGAGGAGUUGCAGCUUUGAAACAGUGGCAUGGGCCUCAGUUAAUGGGCUGAUCCCGGGCGACAACAGUUCUCUGUCCAGCAUACAUGCUGCCCUGGGCUACGGUGUCGAGCUUUCUUGGAAGAGAGCUUACUUGUGUCGAGAUUGUGAGCAGAGCGGAGGCCAAUGCUUCUUUGAUGAUCCUCUCAAUCUUGAAGGUGUUACUUGCAGCCAUCGUUGUUAUGAUGAUACUGGAUUUGAUCUUCCUCUCCCUUGUAAGCCCUAAUCUUUAAGCAUCUCAAAUUCAUUAAAUAUAAAAUAAGAAUAAACUAAUAUGUUAAGUUACAGCUGAUGUUUGAAUUUAUAGAAUGGAACUAAGCCUUAACAGCAUUUUCUUUAGAAAAUUCUUAUGGUGCAAGUCGUUUUCUAAUGCCUUUUGUUCUUUUUUACUGCAGGUAGCAUCCAUUAUUAUGGAGGUAGGUUUUUAAAUAUUAAUUAAUGCUUAUCUAAUUGUUAUUUAUUUAUCUGCAUAUCUUGCAGAUAAAUAGAAUUUGUCAGAGUUCAUUACCGAACGGAUCCUUCAAUCUCUUAAUAAUGUGGCUUUCAUAAUUUUCAUAAUUUUUUUCUUAAUAAUGAGACUUAUCCUUCCUUAGUUCUUUAAUUGAAUGAUACAUAUGUAUUUCUAACGUUCUAUGUUUCCCUCUCCUGUCUAUAUUUUUACAGUUCUGGUGAUAUUAUAUGGCCUAGUAACGAUAGUACCAUUUCUGGGAAUCAGACUUCUCUUUGGGAUCAUACUGUUUGUUGCGCUAGUCGUCUAUCAACGAAAGAGGCGUCAUUUACCAGGGGAUGUCACCAUUCAGGAUUUCCUCGACAUUCAGAGCAAACUGCUGCCAAUAAAUUACAGUUAUGCUGAGAUUAAGAAGAUGACUAAUGGGUUCAAGGAGAAACUGGGAGAAGGAACCAAUGGAACAGUGUACAAAGGGAAACUUAGGAGUGGACCUUUCGUUGCGAUUAAAAUGAUGAAGAAAACCAUUGGAACAGGAAAAGAAUUUCUCAAUAAGGUCGCUACUAUUGGAAGUAUUCACCACGUUAAUGUGGUUCAUCUCAUUGGAUUUUGCAUCGAGGGAUCUAAUCGUGCUUUGGUAUAUGAGUUCAUGCCAAACGGGUCUUUAGAAAAAUGGGUAUCAUCUGAACAAGGGAAUACCACCCCCUUGAGUUACAAACAAACGUUUCAGAUUUCUCUUGGCGUGGCACAUGGAAUAACCUACCUUCAUAAUAAAGGGUGUGACGAUUUUGUCAUUAUGCCUCACAACAUUCUUCUUGAUGAGAACUUCAAUCCGAAAAUAUCAUAUUUUGGGCUCGCAAAGCUGGACGACAUGGAUAAUAAUGUUGUUCACAGUUUUGGAAUGCUGUUGAUGAACUUGGCUAGAAAAUUGAUCAUUGUGAAUCCAAACGCAGAUGCCAUGUGGAUUUAUGAUCAAAUCAGGAAAGGGAAUGAAGUAGUAGUCACUGGAGAUGGUACCGAGGAAGAGAGAAAAGCGAUGAAGAAGAUUAUUGUAGUUGCUUUGUGGUCCAUACAGAUGAAGUAUGCCGAUCGUCCUCCUAUGAACAGAAUUGUGGAAAUGCUUGAAGGAGAUGAAGAUCUCAUAGAAAUGCCUCCAAGGUCAUUUAUUGCUCCACACAUAAGAUGAAUGUUGAUUCUAUUGAAUCAUCCAUAGUACAUAAAUACUACAGCUAUUGAUUGUUUUUUAUUAAUCCUGUAAAUUUCUUCGUUUGUUCUCGUGUUAUUGGUGCAAUUCGUUUGAUGUUCGUAGUGUGCGCUAUUGUUUCUUUUAACUAAAAAAAUUUAAUUCCUAUUCUAAACUUGUACAAAAUGUCCAAAUUUCAUGAUUUACCGGUAAACAUCUAGUUAUCCGCAAUGUUACUUGGUUGGUGCCAAUUGUGCAUUUGAUGUUCA